GUCGCGGGCUCUACGCAGCUAAAUAGGAGCUGAAGUAGGCUAAGAAUUUCAAAGUUGACGAUCAGAAUCUUUGGACUGAUCUGCUUUGAAGAUGUUACGAGGCAUUCGAUUUCUGACAUUGAAUUCAGUACGGCAUAACGGAGCGCUUUCUAUCCAGAGAAGAUUGUACAGCGGUGGAGAUGAAGUACGGCUGGCAGAGGAUGCUCAGAGGAGAGUCAAAAGUCAUGCCCCAACCAUUUUCUCGAAAGUAAUAGAGAGAAAAAUUCCUGCUGAUAUCAUAUUUGAGGAUGAUAAGUGCUUAGCAUUCCGAGAUGUAAAUCCACAAGCCCCUGUACAUUUCUUGGUUAUCCCCAAAAAAAUAAUUCCGAGGAUCAGCGAAGCUGAAGAUGAUGACGCACCAAUCCUUGGCCAUCUCUUAACUAUUGCUAAAAAUCUGGCACAUAAAGAAGGACUACAGGAAGGGUAUAGACUGGUGAUAAAUGAUGGAAAGAAUGGUGCACAGUCUGUGUACCAUCUUCAUAUUCACGUGCUUGGAGGGAGACAAAUGAAUUGGCCUCCAGGCUGACCUGGUUCUUUCUCGACAGAUUCACCUGUAUUAUGGAAAUAAAGGACAGCUGUGUAACUGUCAAAUAUAAACAUCUUGAGAAUUGUCAAA